GAUGAUUGAAGACAGUCGAAGUCAGUCGAUACUCGUCAGCGGUGAGAGUGGAGCUGGAAAAACUGAGACAACAAAACUAAUCAUGCAGUAUCUUACAUUUGUUGGGGGACGUGCUGCUGAAGAUGAUAGAAGUGUUGAGCAGCAAGUCCUUGAAUCAAAUCCUCUCUUGGAAGCAUUUGGCAAUGCGAAAACAGUUAGGAAUGAUAAUUCCAGCCGUUUUGGAAAGUUUGUCGAAAUCCAGUUUGAUGCAAGUGGUAGAAUAUCUGGUGCUGCAAUCAGAACCUAUCUUCUGGAGAGAUCACGUGUAGUCCGGAUAGCAGACCCCGAGAGGAAUUAUCAUUGCUUUUAUCAGUUGUGCGCUUCAGGGAAUGACGCUGAGAAAUAUAAACUAAUUUCUGAAAGUCCUUCCUUGUUUCCUGCACAAAUCAUUUAUCAGGAAGGAAUAUUCCGCACGCUUGCUGCGAUUUUACAUCUUGGAAAUGUUGAGUUUUCCUCAGGGCGAGAGCACGACUCGUCGGUGGUAAAGGAUCGGGAAUCUAGACUUCAUCUGCAGAUGGCUGCUGAUCUUUUCAAGUGUGAUGCAAAUCUUUUGCUGGCUUCUCUCUGCACACGUUCAAUUGUGACCCGUGAAGGCAUCAUUAUCAAAGCACUUGACCCUAAUGCUGCUGUUGCUAGCCGGGAUACACUUGCGAAGACUGUUUACGCCCAUCUGUUUGACUGGCUGGUUGAUAAGAUCAAUAAGUCUGUUGGGCAAGAUCCAGACUCCCGUUUUCAAAUUGGAGUCCUGGACAUUUACGGAUUUGAAUGCUUUAAGAAUAACAGUUUUGAACAAUUUUGCAUCAACUUUGCAAAUGAAAAGCUGCAGCAACAUUUCAAUGAGCAUGUAUUCAAGAUGGAGCAGGAUGAGUAUAGAAAAGAAGAAAUUAAUUGGAGUUAUAUUGAGUUUAUUGACAACCAGGAUGUCUUGGACCUUAUUGAGAAGAAGCCUAUUGGAGUAAUUGCACUCUUGGAUGAAGCUUGCAUGUUUCCUAGAUUAACUCAUGAGUCAUUUUCAAUGAAGCUGUUCCAGAAUUUUAAAUGUCAUCCUAGAUUGGAGAAGGCAAAGUUUUCAGAGACGGAUUUUACCCUCUCUCAUUACGCUGGCAAGGUUACUUAUCAAACUGAAGCAUUUUUGGAUAAAAACCGUGAUUAUACUAUAGUGGAACAUUGCAAUCUGCUGUCUUCCUCCAAAUGCCCUUUCGUUGCUCGACUUUUUCCCCCAGCUCCGGAAGAUUCUGCCAGAUCUUCUUACAAAUUUUCUUCUGUGUCUUCCAGAUUUAAGCAACAACUUCAAGCCCUCAUGGAAACUCUCAGCAAAACGGAGCCUCAUUAUGUUCGUUGUGUGAAGCCAAACUCACUCAACAAACCUCAAAAGUUCGAGAGUCUUAGUGUUUUACAUCAACUUCGUUGUGGGGGUGUACUAGAAGCUGUUCGAAUUAGUCUAGCAGGGUACCCCACUCGAAGAAAUUAUUCAGACUUCGUGGAUCGGUUUGGUCUGCUUGCUCCAGAAUUCAUGGAUGAGAGCAAUGAUGAGCAGGCACUGACUGAGAAAAUCUUGAGGAAAUUAGGUCUUGGGAAUAAUCAGCUAGGCCGGACAAAAGUGUUCCUUAGAGCUGGUCAAAUUGGCAUUUUGGACUCUAAGCGGGCUGAAGUUCUUGAUGCUUCUGCAAGACUAAUUCAGCGAAGACUGAGAACAUUUGUUACGCACCAAAACUUCAUCUCUGCGCGGGCUUCUGCAAUUUCAAUUCAGGCAUACUGUAGAGGAUGCCUGUCUCGAAAUGUUUAUGUCACGAAAAGGAAUGAAGCAGCAGCUGUCUUGGUACAAAAGCAUGUACGCAGGAGGCUGUCAAGAUGUGCAUUUGUAAAACUUGUAUCAGCUGCCAUUGCAAUACAGUCUUGCAUCCGCGCUAAUUCAACUCGCUUAAAGUUUUCACAUCAAAAAGAGACUAGAGCUGCCUCUAUAAUUCAGGGUAAUCUAGAGUCGUCUAGUUUCCUGAUUCAAAUGUGCUAUUCUCUGAAAAAUAUUGUAUUGAUUUCUUUUGCUAAGCAUGCUCACAUGAAUAUUCCAUGCAAAUUGUCGUUACUAGUGAAUGAAUGCCUUUGUAUAUGUUUUUUCCCCUAUCUCUGUUUUAUUUCUAAGCCUAAUAAUAAUUUCUGUUGGCAAGGAUGCCUGUCUCGAAAUGUUUAUGUCACGAAAAGGAAUGAAGCAGCAGCUGUCUUGGUACAAAAGCAUGUACGCAGGAGGCUGUCAAGAUGUGCAUUUGUAAAACUUGUAUCAGCUGCCAUUGCAAUACAGUCUUGCAUCCGCGCUAAUUCAACUCGCUUAAAGUUUUCACAUCAAAAAGAGACUAGAGCUGCCUCUAUAAUUCAGGCUCAUUGGAGAAUCCAUAAGUUUCGUUCAGCAUUCAGACACCGUCAAUCAUCUAUUAUUGCUAUUCAGUGUCGUUGGCGGCAGAAGCUUGCAAAGAGAGAGUUUAGAAAACUUAAACAAGCAGCUAAUGAAACAGGUGCUUUGCGAUUAGCUAAAACUAAACUUGAGAAGCGGUUAGAAGAUCUUGAAUGGCGAUUGCAGCUUGAGAAACGAUUGAGAACAAGUGGUGAGGACGCCAAGUCAGGUGAAAUAUCUAAGCUUCAGAAAACAUUGGAAUCCUUCAGCCUCAAACUAGACGCAGCUAGGCUGGCUACCAUUAAUGAGUGCAAUAAGAAUGCAGUGCUUGAAAAGCAACUAGACAUAUCCAUGAAAGAGAAGUCUGCUGUUGAAAGAGAGCUUAAUGGGAUGGUGGAACUAAAGAAAGAUAACGCCUUGUUGAAGAACUCGAUGAACUCCUUGGAAAAGAAGAAUCUGGUUCUGGAGAAGGAGCUUGUCAAUGCGAAAAAUGAUUGCAAUAACACACUACAGAAGUUGAAGGAAGCUGAAAAAAGAUGUUCUGAACUCCAGACGAAUGUUCAAAGCCUUGAGGAGAAACUCUCUCAUCUGGAAAAUGAGAACCAUGUCUUGAGGCAAAAGAGGCUAAUCACAUCCCCAGAGAGAGCUGGACAGAUACUUGGUGAAAAACAUUCUAGUGCUGUUGUACCAGUUCAAAAUGACAGGAGAUCUAUAUUUGAGACACCAACACCUUCAAAGCACAUCAUGCCAUUUUCACAUAGCCUGUCAGAGUCACGUCGAUCCAAAUUCACUGCAGAAAGAAACCUGGAGAACUACGAAUUGCUCUCCAGGUGUAUAAAGGAAAAUUUGGGAUUCAAUGAUGAUAAGCCACUGGCUGCUUGUGUGAUAUAUAAAUGUCUUCUUCACUGGCAUGCCUUUGAAUCUGAGAGCACAGCCAUAUUUAACAUCAUUAUCGAGGGAAUCAAUGAAGCCCUGAAGGGUAAAGAUGAGAAUAGUGUAUUACCAUAUUGGCUCUCAAACGCUUCAGCACUUCUAUGUCUCUUGCAGAGGAAUCUGCGGUCGAAUAGUUUUCUAAAUGCUAAUGCUCAACGUUCUGGGAGGGCUACAUAUGGAGUAAGGUCUCCUUUUAAACUUCAUGGACCUGACGAUGGUGCUUCGCAUAUAGAAGCAAGAUAUCCAGCAUUAUUAUUUAAACAGCAGCUGACAGCAUGUGUGGAGAAGAUCUAUGGUUUAAUUCGUGAUAAUUUGAAAAAGGAAUUGUCACCGCUUCUGGGAUCAUGCAUUCAGGCACCCAAAGCUUCACGAGGAAUUGCUGGAAAAUCUAGAUCACCAGGUGGUGUGCCGCAGCAAUCACCAAGUAGUCAAUGGGAAAGUAUACUCAAAUUCUUGGAUUCUCUUAUGUCCCGCCUACGCGAAAAUCAUGUACCCUCGUUCUUCAUUCGCAAACUUGUGACUCAGGUUUUCUCAUUUAUCAACCUAUCACUUUUCAACAGUCUUCUUCUUCGUCGUGAAUGUUGCACAUUUUCAAAUGGAGAAUAUGUGAAAUCUGGGAUUUCAGAAUUGGAGAAGUGGAUAGCCAAUGUAAAGGAGGAGUUUGCAGGAACAUCUUGGCAUGAGUUAAAUUACAUAAGACAAGCUGUUGGAUUCUUGGUUAUACACCAAAAAAGAAAGAAAUCAUUGGAUGAAAUCAGGCAGGAUCUGUGCCCGGCAUUGACAAUAAGGCAAAUAUAUCGAAUAAGUACGAUGUAUUGGGACGAUAAAUAUGGAACUCAAAGUGUCUCAAGUGAGGUGGUUUCCCAAAUGAGAGUACUUGUGGACAAGGAUAACCAAAAACUAAGUUCGAAUUCGUUCUUGCUGGAUGAUGAUAUGAGCAUUCCUUUCUCUGCAGAAGAUAUAGACAAGGCUAUUCCUGUAUUAGACCCAUCUGAAAUAGAACCACCAAAAUUCGUAUCAGAAUAUACUUGUGCACAGUCCCUUGUGAAGAAACCCUCCACAGCUUCAGCCUCAAAGCAGAUCAUUUGAUGCAUAUGAGCGUGAUUAUGCAUCAAUUAGUAAUUUGGCAAUGCAAAUUUCUCAUUAAGAGAAUGAACAAUGGAAGCUUAGACUUUGUAACUGUAGAAUUAUAUACUAAAUGAUAAUGGCCAAAUGUUUGUAGUUGUCCGACUUUGUCAGUUUUUUUCUCUUGUUUGGACUGUAAAUGGUAGAACAUCUUUGUAAAUAUAUUAAGUAGUGAAUGAAUCCUCAUAAUUCUUUUGAGAUUCA